AUGCUACGCUCGGGCAAAGAAAUCAGAAAGCCGUCAAGCAGCAGAGAAACGCAGAACAUAGCAAAAACCUCCAAUAAGCAGCAAGCAGCAGAAAAAAACGCAAAAGAAAACGCAAAGGCAGAACAUCCAGCUGAACGAAACGCAGUCGAAGCAGGCAGAGAAGGCGAAGCAACGAACAGCCGAGUUACUACACACGAACAGCAGCAGAUCAGCGAGAAAAGUCACGGGUUACCCAAAAUGGAAGAUAAAAUGGAAAUUUUCUUUAAAUCAUUUAUCGAGAAAAUGAACCAAAACGAUGCCAGUAAAGGUAAUGUCACUAUUGAUGCAUUCGCAAAAGUCGUACCUAAUUUUGACGGGGUAUCUAUUCCAAUUCGGCAAUGGAUAUCUAAUUUUGACGAGAAUGCUGAGGCUUAUGAGUUGACAGCAAAACAGAAGUAUGUCAAUGCGCGAAAUAAAAUGAAGGGCACUGCAGCUUUGUUGUUGGAAACAAUUACAGUCUCCAACUAUAACUCGUUGUGUGAAGCGUUGAUAGAGGAAUUUGACAAACCACUAAAUAGCGCAGAGGUACAUAAGCUAUUAAUUCAACGUCGAAAACAAGCAACAGAAAACUUCCAUGAAUACGUGUUACAAAUGCGGAAAAUAGCAGCACUAAGUAAGGUUGAUGAGCAGUCAAUUAUAACGUACAUAGCUGAUGGUGUUGAGUUGCGCAACGAACAAAAGUAUCCAUUAUAUAGUGCUCGAUCCUACAAAGAGUUGAUCAAAGCAUAUGAGUUGGUGGAGCCGUUGGCAAAACACAGCGAAGCAAAUAAACGUCGGCAGAUAGCAAGCACUCGUAAAGAAGUGGAUAAAAGUAGUAAUGACGGCGAGCGUAAAAAUCAACAUUGUUUUAAUUGCGGGUCGACACAGCACAAGAGGGCUGAGUGCAAAGAAGACACGAAAUGCUUUAAAUGUAAUGGCGCUGGCCAUAUGGCUAAGCAGUGCACCACCACGAAGCAAAACGAUGUAAACGUAGUAUUCGACGAAAAACGCAUGAAACAGCUGAAAAUCAAUAACAACAAUGUGUCUUGUUUGGUGGACACUGGAGCAGACGUUUCGCUAAUGCGUAAGAGUGUAUAUGACCAAAUAGGUAGCAAUUGUGAACUGCGAAAAAGUUUUGCUAGACUGUAUGGCUUAGGCAACGUCGCCGCCGAUGUGUUAGGAGAAUUUACAACACAAGUCGUUGUUGACGAGUUGAGUACACAACAUACGUUUUUGGUUGUAAAAGAUAGCAAAAUAAAUGUAGACGCAAUUGUAGGGUACGAUUUUCUGAAAAAGUUUUUGAUGACAAAUGCAGGAGAAACUAGUUACAAUGUUUUAAAUGUUCAUAGCAGCAAUGAGGUAGAUGUGGAUCCUAAAUACAAAGAAGCAGUCAAACAGUUGAUUGAUAACUAUAAGCCGAGUUUUAUUCAAUCAAACAGUCACAUUAAAUUAAAUAUUGUGCCGAAAAGCAACAAUAUUAUUUUUCGCGAAUCACCUAGCCGAUUGUCAGUAAUGGAAAGGGAGUUUGUACGUAAGCAAGUAGCUGAAUGGCUGCAAAAAGGCAUUAUCCGCGAAUCAUGUUCAGAAGUCGAUAGCAAGGUUGUGCUGGCAAAGAAAAAAGAUGGAAGUUACAGAUUGUGCGUUGAUUUUCUCAAGAAGAUUAGCAAGAAUACCGAUAUACCUGCAGUCACGGAAACAGAGGUAAAUAUAGCCUUGGGUCGUUCUGGAAACGCUAAAGUUCCAGAACUAGAUGGAAUACCAAAUGGAGCUCUCACACUUGCACUGAAAGAAGACGCAAACCCCUUCACGGAGACACAUCAAAAGUGUUUUCGAGAUGAUGUUUUCGCAAAAAUUUGGAAACAGCAACAACUUGUCCUUUUGCCGAAACCUAAUAAGACACCGGGCCAACCAAGCUCAUAUCGACCAUUCUGUAUGAGCGAUACGAUGGGCAAAAUUUUAGAACGGCUUAUUGCUGAUCGUUUGGAGCAGCACCUUAGUGAAAAAGAAGGCUUGUGUCCGACAACCUAUAUGGUUUCCGCAGGGGGCGGCGCUCCACUAUUGAUGCAAGUAAAAAGCUUUUAUCAAUAG